AUGGCCCAAGGGGCUAUGGCUGUUGCUACUCCUGUGGCCGGCCAUGGAGCUGUUUUGACAUCAGAUGAGUCUCGAAUGCUUUUGGAAUAUGAAAAGAUUGUGCAGUUUCGAGAUGCUAUCCUAGCUGGAACCCACCCGCGGAUAAAGAUACCGCCUCACCUCGUUGGAAAGCAAACAAAUGCAGCUCGCAACUUUUCGUCGCCGACCACCUCCACACCUCUUGCAAAUCCAAGUACUCCCCAACCACCAUCACAAUUCACGCGUCCAAGCCCACUCCCUCCAUCCGAAACACCCUCUUCCCAAUUUAGAUCUUCGAAUAAUCAGCGUGCAGUUGCUGCGAACGCGCAGCUUCCAAAACCCGCCAGAUCUGAGAUAGACCCCAUUUUCCUGGAGAAAUCUGAUGAUCUCAUCAAAGCGGAAAUGAAUUUACAACGGGUGAGGCUAGAGAGGGCGUUGAGGGAACAGAUUGAUCAGCAGCGAGUGACAGCAAAAGCUUUGCUUCAGACGUCUGAAUCUCUGCCAAAUUUUGAUAUUUCUGAAGUUUUGGCGAAAGCGCAAGCUCUUGUCGCGCCUUCUACUACUGCGCAAAAUGAACCUGCUACGAGCGGUGAUACCCCUGCCAGUGAUUCUUUUGAUGAGAAUACUUUCUAUUCUAGUCAGCAUGAUUCCUCAGAUUGGUCAAACUCUUCACAAGGUCAGAAGGAGCCCGGUGAAAUGCGGUCACAGGAUAUAGUGUCCGUUGACCAGCGUCCUGGGGAAGCCUCUACCAACAAUCGUGAUAAGGGUCAAGAAAAAGCCGUGUCUUCGCUACCUUCAAAUAAUCAAUUAGCAUCGAACACUCAACAGUCGCAGUCCCAAUUACUACAAGCGGAGCUGCAGUUGCAGUCUUUAAGCACCGCUGCUUCAGAGCCUAGCACCUCGCGCGGAGCCGCUCUAGGAGACACAUCAGCAAGUUCGAGCGAGCGAGAGCCGGAGAAUGUCGCACACCACGGAGCUUCAAUGGGAGUAUCAACUGCAGAAUAUCGACGGGAUGUUGAUCAAACCACUUUACAGAAAUCCGCCGAUCAAAUCCUGAGAACCGCAUUUGAACAGGAUCGUACGCCCCCUGUUGUUCGAGCUCAUAACCUUUCCCCAUUUGCACCCCAGCCUGCUCGAGUUUCUCCAUUAGCCACGGCAAGAGAACCUCCCAUACCACGAAAACAUAUGCUUGUUGAUAAAGCGCCACCUGCUCAAGUUGCAGCAUUGCAGAAUCAACCGGGCAUCUCAAGUACAGAUAGCUCUCCUAAGGGAACGAAACCAUCCGAAAAGAAGAGGGGCAAGAAGAAGAAGCGCAAAGCUAAGGACAAUGCCGACACUCCAGACUCCCCGUACAUCAAGCCAGAGCCUCGUUCCCCUUCGCCAUUUGCAGUAGCACCUCUACCUCGUCCGCAGAAAAGGCAGCGGCAAGGUCAGUAUGCCGCUGAGCUCAACUAUGACGAACCCAGACACGAUGCGGUAACCAAUACACAAACACGUACUCCUGAGCAGCCUGCCGAGCCCCAAGAAACUCGACCAUAUGAACCUGUUGAGGAUCGAUACGAACCCGAAUUCCGCAGACCAGCCCCUGCUUUUCGUCGUCUGGAGAGGGAAGAUGAUGGCUAUCGACGGGUUCGCAGUGACUCCUAUGCUAGACGACAAUCUCCAGCUAUGUAUAGUGUCCCAUAUGCUGCGCCUGAAAGCCGCCCCCUUAGAGCAGCAUCCCAUUCUAUUGUUGAUCGUAGGGUUGAAGAGCCCAGAUAUUACAGAGAACCAAUUCCGAGAGCCAGCGUACGACCAGAUGCAGACCGCGAGCGAUCUAGAUCCCCUCUCCGUGAAAGACGAUCCCCCGCCCUUAUGGGUCCUCCUCGUCAGCCAGUUCGCAUUGUCAUUGAUGAGUAUGGCCGUGAGUACAUUGAUCCCACUCCAGUUGCUGGUCAUAGACAAUCAGUCGCGCCUCCCGUCAGGUACCGCGAACCGGAAGUUGUGUAUGAACGAGCUCCAGCAAGGACAGUAUCUAGCCGUGCUCCGGUCGAAGCCUACGAUGACGAAGAGGUUAUAUAUCGAAGACCCUCGCCAUUAUCCGCCGUCCCUCGGCGAGUCGUUACUCAACCAGAGUACGCGAUGCCAGCCCCACCAGACUAUCGAUCUUACCGCGAGAGAGAGUACUCUGUCCGGCCAUCUACGAUUGCUCCGCCAGGAGAGAGCUACAUACAAACCCGUGGCGUUCCAGAGCGCCGUGCUGAGACAGCUCAAUAUGAAGAGAUUCCCCGAGACUACGCGCCCCGAGCCCAGAUAGUGCGUGAGGAAGCGCCUCGCGAAUACUCCGGUCGGGCGUCUGUCAUGCCCGAAGGACCGCCCCGCGAAUAUGCUGCCCGUCCUAUGAGCGUACGCCCCGAAGCAAUCAGGUAUGAGGUUCGUGACGAUGGUGAUCGGGGUUAUCCUGCCAGGGCCCCGACCGUUCGCCCGGAGGCUGUGAGGUAUGAAAUCCGGGAGGAAGGUGGCCGCGAAUAUGAUGUUCGAGCCAUGAGCCGGCGCCCUGAGCCGAUAAGAUACGAGGUACCGAGAGAGUAUGUUGGCAGACUUCAAAGCGUUCGCCCUGAACCAGCUCCACGGGAAUAUGCUGGGAGCGUUCACCCGGAAGCUCGCAGGGAGGUGGUGCCGCAGAGUCAGCGAGAAUUUAGUGUUCGGCCGGUUGAUUCUCUGGAUCGAAGAGAAGCUAUUCCAAUACCUAGAACGGAGAGGUAUUACGAGGAGGUACCUAGGGGACGACCAGCCGAAGUUGCGUUCAUUGAGAGGCCAAGAGCGCGCGAAUCAUCAGUUCUUGUCUACGCUGAUGAUGUGAGGAGGGAAGUGUACAGAUAG